ACACCGAAAAAAUCCCUAACCCUAAAAGAAAACCAAUGGACAAAGAUAAACACGCAUCCAAACGGUCCCGUGACCGCGACGGCAGGCACCGCCGUGAUUCCGAUCUCUACUACGACGACCGCGAAUCCCACCGCCGACCCACAUCGCGCCGUGACGAGCGCGAGAGAUCUAUCGAGAGGGAAGGUUCGAGAGAUAGGAAGCAUCGUGAGGGUUCCUACGAGGAAGUUGAAGCGAGGAAAAAGAGGAAAGAGAGAGAAGAGAGUGAGGAGAGAGGGGAGAAGAGGAGUAAACUUGGAGAAGAAAACAGAAAGGAAAAGAGAGAGAGGAGGAGAUUUGGGGAUAAGGCUAAAGAAGAUGAUGAAAUCGAGUUGUCCAAUGGCGCCAGUGGUGGUGAUCCAGUUCACAAUGAUGCUGAUCUGGCAUCAUUACCGAAGACUGGUCACCCCCUUCCCUCCAAGGUAUCUUCAAUUUCUACUGCUGAAAAUAAAGCAUAUAGUGUUACCGGAUCUCAUGAGGUUACUGGAUCUAGUACAGAUGGCUCUUCAUCUAUUGGGAAAAGUGGUGCAAACUUCUCUCUUGAUGCCUUAGCCAAAGCAAAAAAGGCUUUACAAAUGCAGAAAGAAUUAGCUGAGAAAAUGAAGAAGAUACCCAUUUUGAACAGAGGCCCUAACUCAAGCUCAGUAGUGGGUACCGGAACAAUUCAGCGACCAGCCUCAUCUGUGACUGUCGCCAUUGCCAGUGGACCAUCAAGCUCAGCAGCCCCAUCUGCCACUGUACCAGUAGCUUCUUCAAAGCCACCUACUACUGGCAUGGCUGCCAUUCCUGGCCUCGCAUCAAUACCCAAUUUAGAAGCUGUUAAACGUGCUCAAGAGCUGGCUGCUAAGAUGGGAUUCCGCCAGGACCCUCAGUUUGCUCCUCUAAUAAAUAUGUUUCCUGGACAGGUGCAAGUAGAUGUUCCAGUUGCUCAGAAACCUACCAAGGCACCUGUUUUACGAGUUGAUGCACUCGGUAGGGAAAUUGAUGAACAUGGUAAUAUCAUAAAUGUGACUAAACCAAGUAAUCUUAGCACCCUCAAGGUCAACAUUAACAAGCAAAAGAAAGAUGCAUUCCAGAUCCUUAAACCCGAGCUAGAGGUGGAUCCGGAAUCAAAUCCACAUUUUGAUGAGCGGAUGGGAAUCGAUAAGAAUAAACUUCUUAGACCAAAAAGGAUGAGUUUCCAAUUUGUAGAGGAAGGAAAAUGGUCAAAAGAUGCGGAGAUUAUCAAAUUGAAGAGUCAAUUUGGAGAAGCAAAAGCGAAAGAGCUUAAAGCAAAGCAAGCACAAUUGGCAAAGGCAAAGGUUGAUAUAAAUCCCAAUUUAAUUGAGGUGUCAGAAAGAAUUAUAACAAAAGAGAAACCAAAAGAUCCGAUUCCUGAAAUAGAGUGGUGGGAUUUGCCUCUUCUUGUCUCGGGUUCCUAUGAUGACAUCAUUGAUAGUGUGCUGAGUGAGGAUAAACUGAAGGAGAAGAAGAUCACGAUUUAUGUUGAACAUCCUCGUCCGAUUGAGCCUCCUGCUGAGCCAGCUCCACCACCGCCUCAGCCUCUGAAGCUAACCAAGAAGGAGCAGAAGAAGCUUCGGACUCAGCGACGUCUUGCCCGGGAAAAGGAUAAGCAGGAGAUGAUUAGACAAGGCCUGAUAGAACCUCCCAAACCAAAAGUUAAGUUGAGCAACUUAAUGAAAGUUUUAGGAUCUGAAGCAACUCAAGAUCCCACUAAACUCGAAAUGGAAAUCCGUAGUGCUGCCGCUGAGCGGGAACAGGCUCAUGUCGACAGAAACAUUGCUCGCAAGCUUACCCCUGCUGAACUCCGAGAAAAAAAAGAGAGAAAGCUUUUUGACGACCCAAAUACGGUGGAAACAAUCGUUUCAAUUUACCGGAUCAAUGACCUCUCACAUCCCAAGACCCGCUUCAAAGUAGAUGUUAAUGCCCAAGAAAACCGUUUGACUGGUUGUGCAGUGAUUUCCGAGGGCAUUAGUGUUGUAGUUGUUGAAGGUGGAAGCAAAUCCAUUAAGAGGUAUGGGAAGCUUAUGCUUCGACGAAUCAAUUGGGCUGAAGCCGUAAACGAAACUGAUGGAGGAGAUGACGAUGAAGAGAAACCCCCUAACAAGUGUGUGUUAGUUUGGCAAGGCAGCGUUGCUAAAUCAAGUUUCAACAGGUUCUCGGUUCACGAGUGCAUCACCGAAGCAGCUGCAAGAAAGGUAUUUUCUGAUGCUGGUGUCGGCCAUUACUGGGACCUCGCGGUUAAUUUCUCCGAGAAUGAUUUUUGAUUUCCU